ACUGGAGCGUCUCCUGCUCGCGCACGCCAGAAGCAGCUCGGGGUCUCUCCGCCGCCCCUUGGCCAUGGCCGCUGUGCCGACAGCGCCCGCUCCCCUGCGCUCUCGGGGCCCCCGCCGCUGCAGCCGCAGCCGCCGCAGCUUCUGAGCCCAAGGGGCCGCCGCUGCUGCCGCCGCCGCCGCCGCUCGCCCGCCCGGAUCCCGCCUGCGGCAGUUGCCGCACAACAUGCUACCUGCGGCCGCCCCGGCGGCUCUUGGAACCCCGGUUCGCGGCGAUGCCAGCCACCCCAGCGAAGCCGCCGCAGUUCAGUGCUUGGAUAAUUUGAAAGUACAAUAGUUGGUUUCCCUGUCCACCCGCCCCGCUUCGCUUGCCAUCACAGCACGCCUAUCGGAUGUGAGAGGAGAAGUCCCGCUGCUCGGGCACUCUCUAUAUACGCCUAACACCUACAUAUAUUUUAAAAACAUUAAAUAUAAUUAACAAUCAAAAGAAAGAGGAGAAAAGGAAGGGAAGCAUUACUGGGUUACUAUGCACUUGCGACUGAUUUCUUGGCUUUUUAUCAUUUUGAACUUUAUGGAAUACAUCGGCAGCCAAAACGCCUCCCGGGGAAGGCGCCAGCGAAGAAUGCAUCCUAACGUUAGUCAAGGCUGCCAAGGAGGCUGUGCAACGUGUUCAGAUUACAAUGGAUGUUUGUCAUGUAAGCCCAGACUAUUUUUUGCUCUGGAAAGAAUUGGCAUGAAGCAGAUUGGAGUAUGUCUUUCUUCAUGUCCAAGUGGAUAUUAUGGAACUCGAUAUCCAGAUAUAAAUAAGUGUACAAAAUGCAAAGCUGACUGUGAUACCUGUUUCAACAAAAAUUUCUGCACAAAAUGUAAAAGUGGAUUUUACUUACACCUUGGAAAGUGCCUUGACAAUUGCCCAGAAGGGUUGGAAGCCAACAACCAUACUAUGGAGUGUGUCAAUAUUGUGCACUGUGAGGUCAGUGAAUGGAAUCCUUGGAGUCCAUGCACGAAGAAGGGAAAAACAUGUGGCUUCAAAAGAGGGACUGAAACACGGGUCCGAGAAAUAAUACAGCAUCCUUCAGCAAAGGGUAACCUGUGUCCCCCCACAAAUGAGACAAGAAAGUGUACAGUGCAAAGGAAGAAGUGUCAGAAGGGAGAACGAGGUAAAAAAGGAAGGGAGAGGAAAAGAAAAAAACCUAAUAAAGGAGAAAGUAAAGAAGCAAUACCUGACAGCAAAAGUCUGGAAUCCAGCAAAGAAAUCCCAGAGCAACGAGAAAACAAACAGCAGCAGAAGAAGCGAAAAGUCCAAGAUAAACAGAAAUCGGUAUCAGUCAGCACUGUACACUAGAGGGUUCCAUGAGAUUAUUGUAGACUCAUGAUGCUGCUAUCUCACCCAGAUGCCCAGGACAGGUGCUCUAGCCAUUAGGACCACAAAUGGACAUGUCAGUUAUUGCUCUGUCUAAACAACAUUCCCAGUAGUUGCUAUAUUCUUCAUACAAGCGUAGUUAACAACAAAGAGCCAAAAGAUCAAAGAAGGGAUACUUUCAGAUGGUUGUCUUAUGUGCUUCUCCGCAUUUUUAAAAGACAAGACAUUUUUGUACAUAUUAUCAAUAGGCUAUAAGAUGUAACAACGUAAUGAUGACAUGUGGAGAAGAAACAUCUUUUCCUUAUAAAAAUGUGUUUUCAAGCUGUUGUUUUAAGAAGCAAAAGAGAGUUCUGCAAAUUCAAAGAUACAGUAUCCCUUCAAAACAAAUAGAAAUUCAAGGAAGAGAAACAUCCUUCAAAGGACAGUGUCGUUUUGACCGGGAGAUCUAGAUAGUGCUCAGAAUUAGGGCCUGGCAUUUGGAAUCGUAGGAUUUAUCAUCACAGAAACAACUGUUUUAAGAUUAGUUCCAUCACCCUCAUCCUGUAUUUUUAUGAAAAACACAAGAGUGCAUACCAGAGUUGAAUAUACCAUAUGGGAUUGGAGAAAGACAAAAUGUGGAAGAAAUCAUAGAGCUGGAGACUAGUUUCAUGCUUUACAAAACUGUGAAGGAUUGUGGUCACCUGGAACAGGUCUCCAAUCUAUGUUAGCACUAUGUGGCUCAGCCUCUGUUACCCCUUGGAUUAUAUAAUAUCAACCUGUAAACAUGUGCCUGUAACUUACUUCCAAAAACAAAAUCAUACUUAUUAGAAGAAAAUUCUGAUUUUAUAGAAAACAAAAAAUAGAGCAAGGAGAAUAUAACAUGUUUGCAAAGUCAUGUGUUUUCUUUCUCAAUAAGGGAAAAACAAUUUUAUUACCUGCUUAAUGGUCCACCUGGAACUAAAAGGGAUACUACUUUCUAACAAGGUAUAUCUAGUAGGGGAGAAAGCCACCACAAUAAAUAUAUUUGUUAAUAGUUUUUCAAGUUUUGUUCACUCUGUUUUAUUGAGAAAUUCUUACUCUUAGAGACUCAUGAAUUAAGACAGAAUUCUGAUAACUCAGAGAACCUGGUUCCUAUGUAAUUCAGAAUAUAUUACAUUUCUCAGUAAUAUUUGUUUUUUGAAUCCACCUUUAUCUGAGCCAAUGGAGAUUUACUUAUAGGGUAUUAGGAGAUAUUUAUUCCACUUCCUUAUUUUAAUCAACAUUCUAAUUGUAGACACAUGGGCCUCCCUAGCUGAUUUCACUGCUCCCCCUUCAUUGCUUAGAAAUGAGCAUCAUUUCUUGCAUGUCAGAUCCCCCUGCAUCCUCAACAUUUAGUCUUUUCUUCUCCAUAUUUUCUGUCUGUGGAUCUCUUUAGGGGAUUGAAGUCACCCUAGCUGAAGGCCUCACCAGUGCUCCACAGAGGACACAGCCCACCCCUUGCAGGAGGAGGUAUCUCUGAGUGUGCAGCACAGAAUCUCAUGACCCAUCUUAACCUUCCUGUUGUCAUGGAAGGAUGCACGGCUGCUCUGUCCACUGUGAUUCCUAGCCCUCUCAAGAUCACUGCUUUCUGAAGAAUUUGCAAUGACUCUGGCUUCUGGCUGCUUAUCUCUGGACACCCUUUCUCCACCAAUUGUACAGUUCAUGUUGUCUACUUGGCUUAAUUGAUUUUCCACUUCUCUCUUCCUCUUCCAAGACAUAAACAUUUUAAAUGAUUUAUUCCUGUUUCU